CUCAAUUUCUCUCUAGUCGGUAUAAAUUCCGGAUGAACCACUAAUGGCUACGCUACAAUACCCUAAUUUCCCUCGGGCGAACGUCUUGGUUCUUGCGUCUGACGCGGUGCAAGCUUUACUUCCGUCGACACUCAUCUCCCAGGCAGACGCACUGCUAGAGGCGCACAGGCUCGAGGAUGUUACGGACCUCGCAGAACAGCACUGGAAAAGGCUGCAGUCGACGCUCAACGUGGACAAGCAUGAUCUCGACGAGCUGCGCUACGUAAACCAAAGACUGGGGUUCCAGUGCUUUCAGGAGACCCGCUUUGAGGAUGCGGGAAACCGGUUAUACGAAGGGGAGCUCGAUCCUCGCGUGCUUGUGAGCUACUAUCCCGAAUUGCGCGGGGACCUCUUCCGGGAGGACGACACCGUAGACGUCAUGGCGGGUGUGGCAGAACACAUGCCAUCUGAUGAUACCGUAGACGACAUCAUUGCCGCAAACCUAGUCAGGAACUAUUCGCCGCACCUCGAGCCGAACACCAAGGAGGCACCGCCUGCCGUAGAGCUACGAAAUCUCCUGAGCAUGACCGCGCGAGACAUGUUGGAAUCGUACUUGCGCAAAUGGAGGCGGAAAGCUGCGGUUGAGGCUACAACACAGCAACUGCAGGUUGUGCGGAUGGUCGUCGACACGGUGCUUGCGAAGCUUCAUGUCAACACGGGAAAGCUACCCGAGCUAUACGCUCUUAUCGACCAACCCAAUGCUAUUGUGCUCUCCGAACUCGAAACCGUGCUCGUCGAGUCACGACACUUCAAUGCUCUGUGUAAGCUGUACCAGCAACGAAACGACGAUGCGAAACUGCUGGAAACGUGGUCGAGACUUGCAGGGGAAGAGUGGAAGGAUCCCGACAUACCCGAUCCAUUAUCACUGAUGCUCGACUUGUUGACCAACAAGAAAGAUCGCGCCCUCAUUCAGCAAUGGAUGCCUUGGCUUGUGAAGAAGGACUCAGAUCGUGCGCUGAAGCUUCUUCUGUCAACCAUGUCUGCACGGCGGAAGGCUGAGGAUGAUCGUCAGCUACUACACGAGAUUCGAGAAGCAAGCCCAGAGGCGGGUGCGCAGCUGCUCGAACACCUCGUCAUCCAAAGACGAAGCAUAGAUCCGGAGCUCCAUACGCAACUUGCGACCACAUACGCAGACCAGCUACUAGUAUGUCUUGCUGACGAAACCACGUCGAAACUUUGGAGAGCAAAAGCGUCAUCAUAUGCGUCCGGACGGUCUGAGACACCCUUCUUCUCCUACUUCGCCUCAACGACACCCGAUUCCGAGCCUAAACGUGACCGCCUAAAGACCGUGCUCUUCCUCCAAGGCUCCACCCUCUACGACCCCGAAGCGAUCCGCGUACGGCUUUCGCCCAACGCAAAACUCCUCAAGCUCGAGCUCGCCAUCCUCGAGGGCAAGCUUGGCAAUCAUCGUUCUGCGCUAUCCAUCCUCGUGCACGACAUGAACGACGCGACUUCCGCGGAGGCGUACUGUACUCUCGGCGGUGAGGUCGUCCCCGCGAAGACCGCGCAAGCGAUCGGGGAGCGCGCGGGAUUGCAGGCCUGGGCAGCGCUCGUCACGCCUCUCGCUGCGCCAGGAAAGCAGGUCAAGCCGGGUGCUGCACCCAUGAAGAAGACGAAGACGGUGGAUGACGACGUCAAGAAGGACCUUGUCAUGAUCCUACUCGAGGUGUACAUGAGUGGAGGGGAGGCGACCGCGGACCGAACGGCGCAGCUGUUGAAUUCGCAAGCCAUGAACCUCGAUGUCGUCGAUGUCAUCUCCAUGAUCCCACCAGAGUGGCCGCUGCGUAUCCUCUCGACGUUCGUAACGCGAUCCCUGCGGCGCACGCUACACGCACACCACGAAGGGCAGAUCGUCAAGGCGAUCAGCCAGGGACAAAACCUCGUCGUCGCGGACCAGACGUGGGACGUCAUCCGCGAGCAGGGUGCGAUCAUCGAGGAGCCACUCGAAGACGACGAGGACGAUGAUGGUGACACCGGGGAGAAGCUCGGGCUCGAGCUUGGGGAGCGCGUGCAAGGCGAGCCUGCGUCGUUCAACGAGAAAGUUUCGCUGCACGCGCAUGCUAUGGGGUUCCAGCCGGAUGAGGACGAGGAUGGCGGGGAGAGCGUGGUCGACAUCGACGUUGCGCCGGAGAACGAUGAAGAACUGACGGCCUCAGAUCCGGGCUCCGAGGCAGGCUCGGGGACGUGAUGCUACACAUUACUUACGGAUUGCCAGUUGGAUGGUAUAUGUGCU